CUCAGGGGCGGUGGUGGCGGCCGCCAUGGCGGACCGGCUGACACAGUUGCAGGACGCCGUCAACUCGCUCGCAGACCAGUUCUGUAACGCCAUCGGAGUGCUGCAGCAGUGCGGCCCGCCGGCCUCCUUCAGCAACAUCCAGACGGCCAUAAACAAGGAUCAGCCCGCGAACCCCACGGAAGAGUACGCCCAGCUGUUCGCAGCUCUGAUCGCGCGCACUGCCAAGGAUAUCGAUGUUCUCAUAGAUUCCCUGCCCAGCGAAGAAUCCACAGCAGCUUUGCAGGCUGCGAGCCUGUACCGGCUGGAGGAGGAGAACCACGAGGCGGCGGCGCGGCUGGAGGAGGUUGUGUAUCGSGGCGAUGUGCUGCUGGAAAAGAUCCAGAGCGCGCUGGCCGACAUCGCCCAGUCGCAGUUGAAGACGAGGAGCGGCACCCACAGCCAGCCCCUGCCCGACUCGUAGCGCCAGAGGGCAGCAUGGCCCUGCCCAAGAGCCUSGGGAACGCCUCUGGAUGCACCGCUGAUGGAGUGCACGGCCCGGCCCCACCUCGAGGCUGCUCCGCUCUCUGCUCCGCGUCGGGAGCAGCGGCUUUGUCACAGCUCGGCUGCGGGUUUUGUGUGGGAAACGCAUCUGUUCUGGAUCUGUGUGGRUUGAUACGUAUUUCCUUGACUUCAAAUGAGCUUUUUGUUCACACAUAGGACUUCAGUUGAAUUUGUUACAUGUUAGAAUUAUUUGUAUAACUAAAUCCCACUACGGUCAUGGUAUGUUUUUUUUUUGUAAGCCUCAGACGCAUUUGARUUGGCCACAGCUCCCUGGAGACAGUACUGUGAAUACAGUGGUGGUCAUCUAUUUUAAUAAAUAGAUAUGGUAAUUUUGCAUUCCUAUGGCUGAUUGACUGGCUUACCACCCUUUACAGAGCAUGUGAAAGGAUAAGUAAACUGAUGUUUGCAGAAUGAUUGUUCUUGUUAUUGGCAUCUCAUUUACAAAGAAAUAAACCUGCAGGUAUCUGA